AUUCUAAGAUGAAAGCAUUGGCAGAUUCAGUGUCUGAUAAGGGCCCGUUCCUGGUUUAAGGUGCCUGCUUACUGUGUCUUCACAUGGUGGAAGGAGUGAUUGAGCUCCCCUGUGCCUCUUUUAAUGUCGUACCCAGGCUAUCCUCCUACAGGCUACCCACCUUUCCCUGGAUAUCCUCCUGCAGGUCAGGAAUCAUCUUGUCCCCCUCCAGGUCAGUGUCCUUAUCCUAGUGGCUUUCCUCCAGUGGGAGGAGGUGCUUACCCACAAGCGCCCAGUAGUGGCUACCCAGGAGCUGGAGGCUUCCCUGCACCUGGAGGUUCUCCAUCCCCUGGAGGCUGUCCUGGUGCCCCACAGCCAGGGGGAGCUGCAUCCUAUCCCGGAGUUCCUCCCGGCCAAGGAUUUGGAGUCCCACCAGGGGGAGCAGGCUUUUCUGGCUACCCACAGCCGCCUUUGCAGUCUUAUGGUGGUGGGCCAGCACAGGUCCCGCUACCUGGUGGCUUUCCUGGAGGACAGUAUCCUGGAGGACAAGCUCCUUUCCCUGGUCAGAUCAAUACAGAGUCCUUUCCUUCCUAUCCUGUUUUCUCUCCUGUUUCUUUGGAUUAUAGCAGUGAACCUGCUGUGAUGAGUCAGGGCACUCAAGGAACAAUCAGAGCAGCUGCCAACUUCGAUGCUAUGCGAGAUGCAGAAAUUCUCCGUAAAGCAAUGAAGGGUUUUGGGACAGACGAGCAAGCAAUUGAGGAUGUUGUGGCCAACCGUUCCAAUGAUCAGAGGCAAAAAAUUAAAGCAGCUUUUAAGACCAUGUAUGGCAAGGAUUUAAUCAAAGAUCUCAAAUCAGAGUUAAGUGGAAAUAUGGAAGAACUAAUCCUUGCCCUGUUCAUGCCUUCUCCAUAUUAUGAUGCCUGGAGUUUACGGAACGCAAUGCAGGGAGCAGGAACUCAGGAACAUGUAUUGAUUGAGAUUUUGUGCACAAGAACAAAUCAGGACAUCCGAGAAAUCGUCAGGUGUUAUCAAUCAGAAUUUGGACGAGACCUUGAAAAGGACAUUAGGUCAGAUACAUCAGGGCAUUUUGAACGUCUACUUGUAUCCAUGUGCCAGGGAAAUCGUGAUGAGAACCAGAGUGUAAACCACCAAAUGGCUCAGGAAGAUGCUCAGCGUCUCUAUCAAGCUGGUGAGGGAAGACUCGGGACAGACGAAUCUUGCUUUAACAGGAUCCUUGCCACGAGAAGCUUUCCUCAGCUGAAAGCUACCAUGGAGGCUUACUCUAGGAUGGCUAAUCGAGAUUUGUUAAGCAGUGUGGGCCGUGAGUUUUCCGGAUAUGUUGAAAGUGGUUUGAAGACCAUCUUGCAGUGUGCCCUGAACCGCCCUGCCUUCUUUGCUGAGAGGCUCUACUGUUCUAUGAAAGGUGCUGGCACAGAUGACUCCACCCUGGUCAGGACUGCGGUAUCUCGAAGUGAGAUUGAUCUUGUGCAGAAAAAACAGAUGUUUACUCAGAUGUAUCAGAAGACCCUGGGCACAAUGAUUGCAAGUGACACGAGUGGAGAUUAUCGAAGGCUGCUUCUGGCCAUUGUGGGCCACUAGGAAGGAUUUUCUUUUUGUACAUGAAUGAAGCUAUUCAUAGUUUAUCCUUCAAAGCAGUGACUGACCUGCAUGCAGCAAUAUCAACCAUCACCUAACCAAAAGAGGUUUUUACUAAGGACUGUGUCAGGGUAAUGUGCUUGGUCAGCACAUGUUAUUGCCUUAAUUCUAAUUUUUUCUUGAUAUACAAUCAAUGUGAAGCCAUAUCACUAUGAUGUAGUAAUAUCACAAUGUUUGUUAAGCUUCAUUCUCACUAAUCUUAUUCUAAUCAGGAUGACAAAUCGAAUAAAAACUUAAAACAAUCUAUAA